AUGUCCAUUGGCACAUUGACAUGCUGGAACUUAGGAUCAAGGGUAAGGAGUUGGGAAUUCCAUUACUUACUCAAUUUUCUGAGUGUCUCAGAGAAGGAGUCAGUAAUGGAAGACAUCAGGAAGCAGCACACAACGAGAUGAGGGUGUUGGAGGGGAAUAUUUUGACUGUUCGUGGUCAGCAGUGUACACUUGAAUUUCAACCAAGCGCAGAUCAGUCAUGGCAAAGCUGGGCUAAAAAUGACCUGAACCAUGCAGAAACAUAUCCCUCACCUUAUGCUAAUGUUCAUAAAGGGCAGUUGUCUAAGAUGGGAGGAACUAUAGGGAAUGAUAGUAACUGUACAUGGCAAGUGCACACGCAAGAAAAACGCCAAGAAGACUUGGGUAAACUUCAAGCCUUCCAAAAGACGUUUCCAAAAGAUCUUAACCCAACCCAGGGCCACCGAAAAAACACUAGGAUUUAUGGCUAACAAUGGCUUUCGCCAGCUUAAGGAACCUAGAAUAGGCGAAUUUGCCAACUCACAAAGGCCAGAGCUUGUACAUAAUGAAAUAAAUGCCUGGCAACAUAGCCUUAACACGAUUUAUAAGGAAGCACUCAGAGAAACAAUGUGGAUUUAUUUUUUACAAGUAUUUAGUUCUCCAGUUGACACGACAGAAAUUGCAAGUUGUCUCGUCCUCAGCUCGCCACCCCACAUCACGAACAAAUAGGGGAAAGAGUUAGGCAAGUGGACAUUGUAAACAGGCAAGCAGAGGUAUUUAAUGAGAAUAGAAAGCCAGGAUGUAGUUUAUCAUUUGUUGUUUAAAAGCCAAGGAGGCUAUUCAGCAGAACACAUACCCUGACAAUUCAUUAAGUUGGUUAACACAACGCUUGUAUCAAAUUAUUUACAUUUUUUGACAGGUUUGUUGUGUGACUCCUGACCGAGUGACCAAGUCACAAAUGGCUCAAGUGAAAUCUGCAGCUGACAAUAAUGACUGUUUUGAUCAGAUGGCUCGAAAAGUGUGA